CCACGCCACGCCAUAGUGUGGUCUAGCGUCGGCCCGGCCAGGCCAGGCCCGCGUCGCCGCCGCCGCCGCUGUCAGACUCCGUCCGUCGCGCCGCCAGGUCGUGUCACCGCUCGUGUCGUGCCGCCGCAGCGUCCCUCGCCGCCUUCCUGCUGCUGCUGCUCGUCCGCGACCUCCCCAACAGCGGGCCCCGAGACCACGGCACGACCUCCCGGACGGCGGCAGCGACGGCGACCCACCUCCUUCAUCACCCACAAACGAUCGAGGUUGUGAGGAGAGUUUGGUGCUUCUGCGCCGCUCUCUCAAGUCAGCAAACAUGGCCUCAGAAGGGAAAAAUUUUGAAGGAGGUGUUCCUCAUAUCUUUGUAAUCCUUGGUGCAUCUGGUGAUCUAGCAAAGAAGAAGAUUUAUCCUACUCUAUGGUGGUUGUUCAGGGAUAGCCUGCUCCCAAAUAACACUGUAUUUUAUGGCUACGCUCGUUCCAAACUCUCUAUUGCUGAAGUGAAGGAAAAAUGCCACCAGUACAUGAAGGUAAAACCAGGCGAAGAGUCUCGAUAUGAAGAAUUUUGGACAGUAAACAAGUACUUUGCUGGAAAUUAUGACAAACGUCAAGACUUUGAGAUGCUCAACCAGGAAUUGACCAAGUCAGAGGGGAACGCAAGGACAGCAAAUCGGCUCUUUUAUUUGGCUCUACCUCCAUCUGUUUUUCAGCCUGUUACUGUUCACAUUCGUAACACAUGUAUGGGUGAAAAAGGUUGGACCCGUAUUAUCAUUGAAAAACCAUUUGGAAAAGACAGUGAUAGUUCUCAAGAGCUAUCUGACCAUCUUGCAAAGUUAUUCAAAGAAGAACAACUGUACCGUAUUGAUCACUACCUGGGGAAAGAAAUGGUGCAGAAUUUGAUGAGUCUGAGAUUUGGUAACAGAAUCUUCAGCCCCACUUGGAACCGAGAAUGUGUUGCUUGUGUGCAAAUUACAUUUAAAGAACCCUUUGGCACUCAAGGACGUGGUGGAUACUUUGAUGAGUUUGGAAUCAUCAGGGAUGUAAUGCAGAACCACUUGCUUCAAAUUCUGUGCUUAACAGCCAUGGAAAAGCCUGCAUCCCUCCAUCCAGACGACAUUCGAAAUGAAAAGGUCAAGGUUCUUCGCUGCAUUAGAGAGCUUACACCUGAUGAUGUAGUCCUAGGACAAUAUGUUGGCAAUCCUGAUGGUAAAGAUGACGAUGCUCGAAAUGGCUAUUUGGAUGAUAAAACUGUACCUGAGGGUUCAACCACUCCUACUUUUGCCCUUGCUGUGUUGUACAUCAACAAUGAACGUUGGGAUGGUGUUCCUUUUAUCUUGCGCUGUGGAAAAGCUCUUAAUGAAAGGAAAGCUGAAGUUCGAGUACAGUACAGAGAUGUUCCUGGAGACAUAUUUAACGGACAGGCCAAACGUAAUGAAAUGGUCAUCAGAGUGCAACCUGGGGAAGCUGUUUAUAUUAAGUUAAUGACAAAAACACCUGGAAUGAACUUUGAGAUGGAGGAAACAGAGCUUGACUUAAGUUAUAAUAGCAGAUACAAAUCUGUAAAAAUGCCUGAUGCCUACGAACGCCUGAUCCUUGAUGUGUUUUGUGGAUCUCAAAUGCACUUUGUGCGCUCUGAUGAGUUGUCGGAAGCCUGGCGUAUUUUUACACCCCUACUGCAUCAAAUUGAAACAGAAAAGGUUCCACCCAUCCCAUACAUGUAUGGUGGAAGAGGACCAACUGAGGCAGAUGAAAUGGUGAAGAAACAUGGGUUCAAAUAUUAUGGAUCUUACAAGUGGGUUCAAUCUCAAAAACCUCAUUUGUAAUUUAUGGAAUAUUCUGUCAUGGAUGUGGUACAUGGACUUAAUACUACAUUCAUGAUGACUGCCAUAAGUACUACAAUAUGAAAUUCAAUUUUACUCUUUUGAAAAUCUCUGUACCUUAAGUGUAGACCUCCAAUAUGGAGGCUAUACAAUACAGCCAUGUUACAUUCCUCAUUGUUAAAGUUUUAUUAGGAAUUUCACCCUCAGGGGUGUUUAUAAAUCUUGUAAUAAACUUAAAUUAUUUAAAGUAAAGAUUUCUUUUUUAAAUGUCUUUUUGUGCGGAAAUGGCCUAAAGUUGUACCUGAUGGGAAUGUUAACUAUUUAUAUUUUGUUAAAUUUUGUGUAAUAAGGGUGACCAUAGAAGAUUUUCAUGUGUUAAAACUCCCUUUUACUUAAGGUGAACCGUCCUUUGUAUAUUGUUGAAGUUUUAUGGUCAGUGAAAGAGUGUUCUAAACAUCUUUCAACUUCCAACUAUAAUUAUCAUCCCUAUUUAUUUGUCUUGCUACAGUUCCAUGGUUCUCAUCUACUGUAACUUGAUAAUAUUUCUCAUACAUCUUUGAUCAAGAUAUUGAUUUUUAUAGAACAUAGAUUUGAUAGUUAUUUGUUAUCACCUUGUUGUUAUUUAAAUGAAUUUAUACUUUUCUACAUCAUUUUUGAUUCAUUUGUGUGUGUUCUCUCAAACCUAUAUCAACUAUUGAAACACUAUUCUCGUGUAUAGACCUUUUACAGACGUAGCCAAACUAAAAUUAUAACCCCCCGCCCCUUAGGACCAUCACUUGUGUGAGACACAUUCAUUUGUUUGCAAAUUAAGGCUAACUUGUUAAUCCUCAAAAUUGAGUGUGGCAUUUCAAUAUUGCAUUUCCUUUCUGUAACCAUGUGCAAUUUUUCUCUUUGUAUACUGUGAUUACUGUGUAAUGUAUCUUUUAAAACACAGAUAUUGUAUUGUUUUAUACCCUUUUCCACAACACUACACUUGAAGGGGGUUUCUUCUUUCUGUGAAAAACUACAAUACAUAAAUCCAUUUAUGACAUGGAAAUAAACUUAGAUGGACUGGA